AUGGCCAGUCCUCCAGAGACAAAAGUGAAAACGGCUGAGGCCAAUCGCGAGGUUUCGGAUACCGAGGCAAGCUCUGGCUACGAAGAGGAGAUUCAUACCGAACCCAUCAAAACAUGGAAAGGUCAAAUCUGGGAUACUCUAGAGCUUCCGCCCGCUCAACGGAAACUGAUGGGUAAGGUCGAUGCAGUCGUUUUGACCUUUGCCUCUCUCGGUUAUUUCCUCAAGUAUCUUGAUCAGAACAACAUCAACAAUGCAUUCCUCAGUGGUAUGAAGGAAGAGUUGAAUAUGUAUGGCAAUGAGCUUGUCACAAGCACAUCAAUUUGGACUGUCGGAUAUGUCAUUGGUCAAAUUCCCAUCAACCUGCUUCUGACUCGAGUCUCUCCUCGCUGGGUUAUUCCAUCGCUUGAAGUAGGCUGGGGUAUCGCAACUUUCGCCACAUCGUCGGUGAAAUCUUACCAGGCACUCUACGCACUGAGAUUUCUAGUCGGCUUUUUCGAAUCAGGCUUCUACCCAGGCAUGCACUACUUGCUCGGCUCUUGGUACACGCCCCGUGAGAUUGGCAAGCGAGGCAUGAUUUUUUGGCUCUUUGGCACCGUUGGCACAAUGUUUAGCGGCUUUUUACAGUCUGCCGCCUAUACCAAUCUCAACGGUGUUGCAGGGCGAUCCGGAUGGCGAUGGCUUUUCAUCAUCGACGGAAUCAUCACAAUUCCAAUCGCCGUUGCUGGCUGGAUAUUCUUCCCCAACCUUCCUCAAGACAACAAGAAGACGUGGUGGUUAACCGACUCGGAACAAGUUCUUGCGAAGAGAAGGAUGGCGUCCGUUGGUCGAGCGGGAAGGCAGCCCUGGUCAAAAGCAAAGGUUCUUCGCAUCGCCAAAAGCUGGCAUACGUGGACUCUACCAUUUGUAUACGUUAUUUGGAACAACGCUGGCUUGCAGCCCCCGAUGGGAUACUGGCUGAAGAGCUUCAAUGCUAACCCUCCUCCUGUACCCGGAACUUCCUUCACAGUCCCCGAGAUCAACAAUUUACCUCUCCCAACAAAUGGUAUCUUCAUUGUCAUGGCAUUGAUCUGGGCUUGGCUCUCAGACGGGCCUUUCAAAGGACGUCGCUGGCCCUUCAUCUACGCUGGUGCAGUGAUCGCGUUCGUUCUAAAUAUUACCCUAUUGGAGACGCCAUUAUAUUCCAACAUCAAAGGCCGCAUGGUAUUGUAUUGGCUUAGCAAUAUUGGCAAUGGAGCCGGACCCCUCAUCCUUGGUUGGAUCAACGAAAUCUGUUCUGCCGAUACUGAGAAGAGAGCCCUGCUAGUCGCUGCGGCCAAUGAUCUUGCUUAUGUCGUCCAAGCUGUGGCUCCCAACUUUGUCUGGAAGACAACAGACUUUCCUCUAGCCAGGAAAGGCUUCAUCUGGUCUACCGUUCUCCAGGUUCUACUGGUUCUGAUUACGGCACUCGUCCAAAUUCUUCUGUGGCGUGACCGGCGCAAGCAAAACCAACUCCCUGUUGUCGCUCCCGAGUCGGACCCCGAUCUAGCAGUCCAGGAGGCUUCAGAUGAUUCGAAGAAGGUUGCUGUAGAGCGAACAAAAGCGGUAGAUAUAGCUUAA